CUUCCAAACCCACAUACAAACAGCCCCAUCCCUCGACCUUUUUUUCCAGAUCCUUUUCUCUCAGUACAACUGGGAGAUUUUGAAUCUGUCGAUUUUCCAAUAACUUAAUAUCCUCUCCAACAUAUCUGCAACGUGACGUUUGCGGAUAUUUCUUUGCUUCCCUACCCCACCAACACUCAACAGUAUUUCCAGAUCUAAGCAGGGCUUGGAUCCGGAAAUCUUUGCGAAUCUACAACCGCAAUCAUGGCUACCGAUAAGGGACUCGAGGAUAUCCCCGAGGGACAGAUCGAGUCUAACUACGAUGAGACCGUUGACUCGUUCGACGAGAUGAACCUGAAGCCCGAGUUGCUUCGCGGUAUCUACGCUUAUGGUUUCGAGCGCCCCUCUGCUAUCCAGCAGCGCGCCAUCAUGCCCGUCAUCAAGGGCCACGAUGUCAUUGCUCAGGCUCAGUCCGGUACUGGCAAGACUGCCACUUUCUCCAUCUCCGUUCUCCAGAAGAUCGACCCCAGCCUCAAGGCCUGCCAGGCUCUCAUCCUCGCCCCCACCCGCGAGCUUGCCCAGCAGAUCCAGAAGGUUGUUGUCGCCAUCGGUGACUUUAUGAACAUCGAGUGCCACGCCUGCAUUGGUGGUACCUCCGUUCGUGAUGACAUGAAGGCCCUCCAGGACGGCCCCCAGGUCGUUGUUGGUACCCCCGGCCGUGUCCACGACAUGAUCCAGCGUCGUUUCCUCAAGACCGACAGCAUGAAGAUGUUCGUCCUUGAUGAGGCCGACGAAAUGCUUUCGCGCGGUUUCACGGAGCAGAUCUACGACAUCUUCCAGCUCCUCCCCCAGAGCACCCAGGUCGUCCUUCUCUCCGCCACCAUGCCCCAGGACGUCCUUGAGGUUACCACCAAGUUCAUGCGCGAGCCCGUCCGCAUUCUCGUCAAGAAGGACGAGCUUACCCUCGAGGGUAUCAAGCAGUUCUACAUUGCCGUUGAGAAGGAGGAGUGGAAGCUUGACACUCUCUCGGAUCUCUACGAGACCGUCACCAUCACCCAGGCUGUCAUCUUCUGCAACACCCGCAGAAAGGUCGACUGGCUCACCGACAAGCUGACUGCCCGUGAUUUCACCGUCUCCGCCAUGCACGGUGACAUGGACCAGGCUCAGCGUGAUUUGAUUAUGAAGGAGUUCCGUUCCGGUUCUUCUCGUGUCCUGAUCGCCACCGAUCUCCUUGCCCGUGGUAUCGACGUUCAGCAGGUUUCCCUCGUCAUCAACUACGAUCUCCCCGCCAACCGCGAGAACUACAUCCACCGUAUCGGUCGUGGUGGUCGUUUCGGUCGUAAGGGUGUUGCGAUCAACUUCGUCACCGCUGACGAUGUCCGCAUGAUGCGCGAGAUCGAGCAGUUCUACAGCACCCAGAUUGAGGAGAUGCCCAUGAACGUCGCUGAUCUCAUCUAAACAAAAAAAAGCAAAAAGCCUCAUUGAUACACGAUAUCCUUUUCCUUAUUCUCGGCAUACCCCGCAACCUUUACACAUCGGCAUCCACCUAGGAUUUAAGAGGCGGCCUCGUGUACAUGGUAUUUGAUAGAGAAGGAGGUUAAGGACUCUUUUCUUUCUACCGGGAAUUUCGCUGGUUCAGCAUCUGGUGGCAAUAUUUUCUUACACCACAAAAAGCGCUGGUACGGAUCUAGCACGUGCGCACGCUCAUUUACUUUAGAGGUGCUCGGUGCUCAAAAAAGACGGACAAAGGGACGGGCUGCUUUGUACUGAGGUUCUCUGGUCAACCUGUAACUAGUUGUCAAGGGAAGUUCUCAAAAUGCGAUUUAGACUGAACUUGGGGUCCUGGUGUUGUGAAGUGGGCGAUGGCCUGGUGGGCUUUGUGAAGGCCGCAGCGAUGACAUUUGAUGAUCAUGACGGUUUUUGUUCCCGGCAAAGCUGGAUAGGCAGGAGGACGCAGCCAGGUCAGCUGCUUCUGCUUGUUAGAUUGUUAGGUUCAGUAACGGUGCUUUUGUAAUUACUUCUUUUAACUUCACUGCUGUCUCCAAGAUGGUGUCUAUCCGGUUUUUGUUACCCUUUGUGAAGCAAAUGGUAUAAUGAGUUGUUUGUAACGUCGAACGAGCCCAUAUUAUGAUAAGAAAAGUCGAGUAUGCCGGUACGACUGUCUUCACUUGGUAUACGGCGACAGCAACAUCACUGCCG